AUGAAGUUACUUGUGUUUAUCUUCAUUUUGGUCAUCUUGACUAUUUUUACAGAUACUUCACCAAUUUUGACUGAAAAAGAAGCUAAACAGAUUCUGAGAACCCGUCGUGAAGAUAGACCAAGAAAAGCUGGUUUCCCUGAUGAGCCAAUGAGGGAACACAUGCUUUACCUCCAGCGCUUGGAGCAGAGAUCAGAAGAACAAUUCCUUGAGCAUUGGUUAAAUCCACACUGCUACCCACAUUGCAACAGGAAUUUAGUUCAUCCAGUCUAAAGGGUUUGUUUUCCCCCCAGUUACUGAUCUCCCCAGGUGUGUUUAAGAGGAAACGGUCUAUGAUUAUGUUAAACAGGACGAGGUUCAUCCAGCAUCUGCUAUGUACUAACGAUCGAGCUGAAUGUCUUUGGAAUAUUGAGCAAACUUAGCAUGUAGCAAGGCUUUCUUUUGUAAUCAGACAUAUUUAAAACAAUUUCAUUGACUCAUGUAGAUCACCAUAAUUUUUCAACCCAGCGGUAAGCGAAUGGUUUAUAUGCAUGAAUCUAGGGCUUCUCCUAAGAUUUUAGAAAUGGGGCAGAAUAAGUCACCAACUUGUCUUAGAACAUGUUUAUUUGGGGCACUAUCUUAGUAUAUACUGAAGCAGGAGGAGGCUUUAAGAGAAAGGAAUAAAUACGAAUGGAAAAUAAA